UCUAAAGAUGAGAUGUAAAUUCCUAGGUAGUUUCUUUCUGCUCUUCAGCCUUUCCAGCAAAGGGGCAGACUGCAGCGACGGUGGGACCAUCUGGGGUGUCCUGGGUCAUGACAUCACUCUGAACAUCCCUGACUUUGAAAUGACUGAUGAUACCGAUGAUGUGCGAUGGGAAAAAGGUAGUACCCUGGUUGCACUGUUUAAAAGGAAUGAGAACCCUUAUUUGAAAUCAGAAUCAUUUGAGAUCUUAAAAAAUGGAUCCCUGAAGAUAAAGAAGCUGAUGAGAAAUAACAGCGACACCUAUAAUGUAACAGUGUAUAGAACAGAUGGGAGAUGUCAGCUGAAUAAGGCGCUGGACUUGAGGAUUCUAGAGAUGGUCUCAAAGCCAAGGAUCUCUUGGGAAUGCAGCAAUUCCACCUUGACCUGUAAGGUCUCAGAAGGAACAGAUGUUGAACUAAAGCUCUAUCAAGGAACGGAAUAUGUCACGAGCCUCCCACAGAAGAUCCUAAGUUACCAGUGGAAGGACCUACCAGCACCAUUCAAGUGCAAGGCGACAAACAAGGUCAGCAGCAAGGAGUCUGAUAUGGAAGAUGUCAACUGUCAAGAGAAAGGUCUGCUCCUCUAUGUCAUAGUGGGGGCCAGUGCAGGAGGACUCCUCUUGGUGCUCCUUGGGGCGCUGUCUAUUUUCUGUAUCUGCAAGAGGAAAAAGCGAAACAAGAGGAGAAAAGAUGAAGAAGUGGAGAUAAAAGCUUCCAGAAUGAACACUGUGGAAAGGGGCCCCAAGCCACACUCAACCCCAGCUGCACCAUCACAGAAUCCGGUGGCGUCCCAAGCUCCUCCUCCACCUGGCCAUCAUCUCCAGACACAUGGCCAUCGUCCCUUGCCUCCAAGCCACCGUACCCGUGAGCACCAGCAGAAGAAAAGACCUCCUCCAUCGGGCACACAGGUUCACCAGCAGAAAGGUCCUCCUUUGCCCAGACCCCGAGUUCAGCCAAAGCCUCCCAGUGGGAGUGGAGAAGUUUCAUUGCCACCCCCAAAUUAAAAAGGCAGAAUCUGUCAUUUCCAAUAAAAAGCUGUGUGGAUUUAUCUUC